AAAACAUGUAAUUCUGAGUAGUUCCAGCCCUCUAUUCUUGAUUGAAAAACAUUUCAUAUUUUGAGGACAACUAUCAAACACCUAAAGUAGUCUGCUGUAUUUUGCCUGUAUUUGCUAAUAUUGUCUGCAGCAGCUGCAACAACAUUAGAAGUAACACGGGAACAACUGAAGAGAUAACAUCAUCCAAUUCCUCUGAACAUAUCUGUACCUUUUGCCUACCCGUGCAGCAGCAGACAUGCAUGGUUCUGAGGAGAGCGCAUCUGGAACCGUGCUUCACAGGCUUAUGCAAGAGCAUCUUAGAUACGGAACAAGUGGAAUCAGAGGAGGGGUAGAAAACGACAGCUCUCAGAUGCCAAGCAACCCCACAUCUACAGAAAACCUACUCCUUCAAAAGGAGGGUCAAGUAGCCCAUUCAUAUCAGCUUAUGCCCCUGCAGUCUCAGUCUCGACAGGAACCUCAAGGUCAGGAGCAUCAAGUGGACAGCAGCUCCAUGGAAAAAAAUGGUGGUGUGAGCCAGGGUGCAGGUAGAGAAGUCCAAGCAGCCCAGACUUCACCUGGGUUUGACACUCUGGAGCUUCCAUCAUACGAGGACGCUAAAAUCCAGUCUCAGCUUUACAGAGGGCAGCAAAGUCCGACAGACCCUCAGUCCCAAAUCCCUGGCCACAACCACCAGAGUAUUGAAAAUCCAGAUGACCUAUUAAACAAUUUUCAACAAAAUCAGGAGCAGGACUUUCACAAAGAGGGCAAUAAAAACAUUGUCCACCAAAGUCAGCCGCAACACAACUCGUUUCAGCAGAUGCAGCAGUUGUCAACAAUGUCUGACAGUCUUGCAAGCUCACAUUCCUGUCUGCCAUCACUUUCUAACACACACUCACUUGCUUCCCCUCCUUCUCUUUCAUCUUCUUACACCUCUCUCUCAGCGGUUCCCAUGAAGGCCCUUUUGGAGGGUCAAUCAUGGGUCCAGCAAGGGGGCACUGGUGGUAAGUUUCUUUGUGAUGAAAGUCUGGCAGAGUUAAAACAGGGUCAUGUUCGCUCUCUAAGUGAAAGGAUCAUGCAAAUCAGUGUAGAAUGCAGUGGAGCUAAGCAAAGUGUAGGACCAUCCAAUUCACCUUGCACAGGAGACACUACUCUUUGUGAGGCUGAUAAUACAGCAGAUUCUCUCUCACUAACUAGUAAGACCUCCAUGAGUACCCUACAACUUCCACCACCACCCUUAAACUCUCCACAAUGGACUUUGGAUCAAAGAGGUCCUCCCCCAGAAUAUCCCUUUAAGUUCAAGGUACAAACUAUGCUUUCGCCUACAUUACACCCCAACUCAGAUUCUCUGGAACAUGGCCACUUCAACAGUGAUACCUUGACAGCAGCCAUGUUGGAGACAGUGCCACUUAGAAAUAUAGCAAGACAAUGUCCUUUGUCUACAUCACAGCACCAAACACAGACCAGUCCCAUGACUUCUGAGACUUGUAUCCUGCCCUCACAGGCUUCUCAGCAACAAUAUCAGGCUAUAUCCCUAUCUCAGUCCCUGGCAUUUCCUCCAGCUCAGACUGGAUCUGUGACCCAGGAGCUGUUUUCUUGUGUGGCCCCUUUUGGACAGCCUUUCCCAGGGGAAGCAUUUGCCAUGGUAAGCCAUGGCAAGCAGAUGCUGGAGACCCUAAAAGAAGAGAACCAAAGCCUUAGACAAGAACUUCACAAGCAAAAUGAGAAGGCCAGCAAACUACAGCAGUUGGAGGCAGAGACUGUGUGCCUGUCAGAUGCAUAUGAGAGUUUAGUGAAGAGCUCAUCCAAACGGGAUGCUUUGGAAAAAACCAUGAGGAAUAAGCUAGAGGCGGAGAUCAGGCGUCUUCAUGAUUUUAACAGAGACUUAAGAGACCGUUUGGAAAAAGCCAAUCAACAGCUAGCCAGUCAGGAGCUGAAGGGACAAGAUGACGGGCACUUGUAUCUUUCACAGAGGAGAGAAAGCCUGAAAGAUCUGGAAAAAUUAGAGAUAGAGGCAGCCAGUCUCCGAUCAGCCAAUGAGGAUCAGCGACGACACAUUGAGAUCUUAGAGCAGGCUUUAAAUAAUGCUCAGAGUAAAGUCCUUAAACUAGAGGAAGAGUUGAGUAAAAAGCAGAAGUAUGUGGAACGGGUGGAGCGGUUGCAGCAGGCACUAGCACAACUCCAGGUCGCAUGUGAGAAACGUGAGCAGCUGGAACGACGUCUACGUACUCGCCUGGAGAGAGAACUAGAAUCAUUGCGAACGCAACAGCGUGCUGGUGUAGGUGUUUCCCUUAGUGUAUGUGAGUCUAGUGCUCCUGCACUACUGGAUCUGCUAAGGGAGAGAGAAGAAAGGAUUCUGAGAUUAGAGGCUGAUAUGACACGCUGGGAACAGAAGUCCUUAGAAGAGAGUGCAAUGAGACAGUUUGCCAUGGAGGCCGCAGCUACAGCCGCAGCACAGAGAGAUACAACUAUAAUCCAGCAUUCUCGCAGUGGCAGUUACAACGACAGCUCACUGUGGCUGCAUGAGGAUGAGAACAGAAUCCAGAGCAGUCUUCACUGUCAGGAAAUGGAACAAAGGAUGAAAGACUUGCAUGCUCAGUUGCUGGAGAAAGAUGCCAUGAUUAAAGUCCUACAACACCGUUCCCGUCGAGAUCCCGCCCCUCUGCGUCCUGCCCGCUCUGUGCCCUCCAUUUCCAUAGCAACUGGACUACACACACGUCAGUCAUCACAGUCUGAUCGCAGAGACCAUCACAGCUGGAAAGAUAUUCUCCUGGGAAAAGACCAAGCAGAGCACAUCCUUCCCACUCUGCCCUCUCUUUCGGUCUCUGUCUCUUCAUCUCUCCCUGCCUCCUCUCUUUCCUCUCUUCCUCCAUCAUUCUCCUCCUCUCUACCUUCCUCUUUUCUUCCCUUUUUGGCCUCUGCAGGUUCAAACACAUCAAGAACCUCAUCUUCAUGUGUUCCCCGCUCCAGCACUUCCUCUCUCCCUCCCUCCUCUUCUUCCACAUUACCCUUGCCCUCAUCUGGCUCUCUUCUGCCUCCUUUAUCAUUCUCUCUCCCCUCCACUCCUCUCCUGUCCCUUCAUUCUAAAUCUGCCAGCAGAGACAGCAGCAGUCAAACAGGACUGAGUCCAAAGACAUUUAGCACUGCAACCUCCACAAUACAAGAAAAGACAGAAUCUCUAUUCAGCCAGGCUAAAAGCCUAGAAGGUCGAGGACAGAAGAUGCCCCUGCCUGACCUAGAUCUGGUGGAGAUCCUUAUCUGAAAGAACAACCCUGGAAGUAGCAUUCCUACAGACAGGACAGCACUUAAGAAAGAGUGAGGAAGUGAAGAACAAAAUAUGAGUAAGACUGAAAAAGAAAGAAAGUCAUGAAGAAAAAUAUGUAGUAUAUUGUAAUGGAUCACAUACAACAGAGACAAAAAAGGAACAAAGGAAGGAAGUGCAAAGUAAAAGCUAGAAUUCAGUAUUGUGCCUCUAAAAUGCUGAAUUUGAUGAUUGAUUCUAAUGCUAUUUCUGUCCAUUUUUGACCCUAAUCAAUUAAGUACUAUGAUAUUUGGCCGGGCCUAUUUAGUUAUUGAAUGCACAAUGUCUUAAGUUGCAUUCUGUUUUAGUUUAUCAGCUGCCUUAUAAGUGCAUUCCACAAAGCUGUAUAUAAUUUGAUAAUAUUUGUGUCAAUCUACAGAAAAACAAUGUUGUUAAUUUGUUAUAUGUACAACUAAAUUAUUGAACUUUGUUGGUCUUGUGGCAAACUUGUGCAAAUUAGCUUGUUAUUAAUGAAUUUUACAGCAAACUGCUGUUUUGCCUCAUGUGUGUUUUAACUGCCUGAAACAAACACCCCAUGUUGUAAACUGUGUUCUUUGGCUGGGAAUAUUUUAAAGUCAUGGUGAAGUAAGGUCAGUAACUAUGAUGUUUGAUGUUUUUAUGAGUCAGAAUCCAAUGAUGCAUGAUUGAUUGAUAUCUACUUUAGUUUCA